UCUCUCUGUGGAGCUCUGUGGCCUGCAGAUACUAACUGUAUAUCAUCACUUAACUGGAUUUCGCAGACGUGUUAAACUCUUGAGAAUGGCUUUCUCACUGUGGACUGCUGUCUUUAUCUCAGUUACACUUUGUGUGGUGCAGCAAGGGUUGGGAUAUCCACUGUCCGAUCAGUCUGAAGCAACAAGCAAUCCACCUGCUCUCAAACGGGUCCGUACCAAACGCUGCUCCUGUAGCAGCUGGUUAGACAACGAGUGCAUCUAUUUCUGCCAUUUGGACAUCAUCUGGGUCAACACACCGAAUAAGAUCGCUCCUUUCGGUCUGGGAAGCCCACUGUCCCGUCGCCGACGCUCCACGGGCCGCUGUGAAUGUGCCAAUCCCGCUGACCGGACCUGCUCCAGUUUCUGUCACAGCAGUUCAGAAACUCCAGAUAUGGUGAUUGUGACCCAAUUUGAUGACCAGUCAAAUCACAUUGGCAAAACUAGCAAUGAUCUACUGUCAUCUCUCAGGAAGGCUAUUAAAUACAACUUCAUGACAGCCUCACGAUCAGCUUCAACUAUGAGGAAAUCCAGACUCAGGAAUCUCUUGAUCAGUUAGAGAGAAAGUUGAGGUGACGGAGCGCCUGAACAAAACCAGUCUUGGAUGAAGAGGAUCUGCCUCGUGAGAAGAGGAUGCAAACGUGACGGAUUCACCGAAUUCAAGACCGAGCUGAACUGCUGAGGCACAAAGCCUCAGUUACUUCAGCUGAAGAGUUGCAGAAAGGUCUGCUCUCCAGAGUAAAAGAUAAUUUAGGAGGUGAAAAGAAGAACAGAUCACCAAAUGGUGACAUUUCCAAAUGAGUGAGUUAAAAACAGCAGAAGUACUGCAAACAUCAUUCAAUUUUACCAUCUGAGAAGAUAUGGUGGGAAAGAUGAAAGAUAAUUAAAAAUGAAACCCUUUACCCUCUUCCAGAAAGACUUUAGAUACUAUAAACCCUAUUCUUGACACUGAAAAUUUUAUUUUUAUUGUCCUUUAUUUAUUAGGUUUCUCUGUAUCAGAGCUUAAUUGUAUUAUUUAUUUAUUUAUUUAUUUAUGUAUUUAUUUUUCUUUUAUUUGGAAAUGAAUGUGUCUGAUGCUCAAGAAAGUGUCGAAAUGUAAAAAAAAAAAACUGAAAUGGAAAAAAAAAGCCGUGAGGAAUGUUUAUCUGUUUUCUUUUUUUAUGACUCUUCCUUCCCUCCAUUUUCCCUUCAGUGAAGGCGGAAGUAUUUAUUGCAUACUUUCAGUGGAGUGUUUUUAUUGUUCAAAUACCAGAAGGUUUCAAUAGCUCAAAGCUUGCCAAAAAAUGCUGUAUUUGUUUUCCUAAAGUACAACCCGGCUGCUACUGUGUGCUGGCUCUAUUAUAUAAAUACUGUAGUACUGUGUAGAGUUCCCAUUACUGCCUCAAUUAAAUGCAAUCUGUUCAUGACUACUUCAAUUAUACAUACAGAGUUUUGACUAUUGUAAUAUAUGCAUUUAGUUCUGCUGUACCUGUUCUUGUUUUCUUCUUGUGAAGAAAAGGACUAUUAGAUACUUGAAUGUUUAAACUUGAAUUGCUUACAACCAGCAGUCAGUUUGUUAACUUAUUUAUUUAAUUUAACAAAUGUAUUUUUGUAUUAUUGUAUCUAUUAAUAAACAAUAUAAU